GUGUGAUUUGAAUGUAUAGUUACAACAGUUACAAAACUGAAUUUAAACUAUAUCUAAAUUCUAAUAUUCCGUUUUUUUUAACUGUUUUAAAUAGCUAUGGAUUCAAACGUAACGUUCAAACGUGGUCAUUUUGGAGGCUGUAGUUUACGGUCCUACUGAAUUGCAUUGUGUUUUACUGAGAGGUUUUUGCUAUAUUUAGUCUACCUUCACAUGUGUCACGAUGUAUGUUUGUGGACGAGGCAGCACAACCAGGCAGACAGGAUCAGUUCGGUGACUCCUUGAGCUGGACGGACCCGAUAAUGGAGCCAAUGAGUUCACCUGAGACUGUAAACAUUCCUCUACAGCUUCUUGUCCCACUGUCUCCGUCUAUUUGUGUUCCUCCCACACUGAGAGAUGGUGAGAGUUACCAUGUCUUCAUCAGCUACAGCAGCACUGACUACCAGUGGACCCACUCCCUCAUCAACCAGCUGGAGUCCUGCGGCCUGCAGGUCUGCUACCACGAGCGUGACUUCACUCCCGGCCGCACCGUGUUGGAGAACAUGUCCGACUGCAUCCAGGAGAGCCAGAAGGUCCUGCUGGUUCUCAGCCCAGAGUUUGUGAGGAGCCGCUGGUGUCUCCUGGAGGCCAACAUGUCUUUGUUCAGAGACUGCCUGGAGAGGAAACCCAUCGUCCCAGUGCUGCUGGAGCCAGGAGUCUCUGUUCCUCUCCACCUCUGCCACCUCACCUACCUGGAGGCCAACGACCCUGACUUUAAGAAUAAGCUGCUCAAGGUGCUCUGCACCGCCAACCAGGAGCUGCAAGGGUCCACUGUGGUGCCCUACCAGCCUCCCUCUAUCUACAACGGGAAGGCCCUGCAGCCUCUGAUUGCUGUCAAUAAGGAGGGACUCAAAAAAUGGCAAUGUGGUCAGUUCAGUGAUAUGGACGUGCCAGACCAACUGCGCCUGAUCAUUGAGGACAAACAGAAAUACAUACAGGCUGUGAGGAUGAUCAACAGUGUCUCUCAAAAUAUAAUGUUCUCCCUCUGGCGUAGAGUACUGAUGCCUGUUAUCGCUGGAAUAUUUCUCUUAAUCAUGAUAAUAAGUUGUUCGAAAGUAGAUUUGACAAAGGUUGUGAAGACAAAUCUUACACAAGCUUGUCUCAUCUGUGGUGUAUUGGUUUGGCUUUCUGAGAUUGCUCUCUGGAAAAAGGAUCAAUUGACGUACAUAUUGAGGAAAUUACAGAAAGUUAUAGGCCAGGCAAACAUAAUCCUCUGUGAGGAGAAGGUGUUAAUGGGCUGUUGGUCCAAUUCAAAAAUCCAUCUGGUGUAUGUUUCUCUGGACGGUUGCAAAAAUGAGUUUGCAGAGACAUUUUCAGAGCAGGUUUGUGCUGAGGACAUGUUUCAAAGAGCUCUGCUCUACUUCUCAUCAGGUUACGCCUGCUGCCUUGCUAAAAAACACUUUCCCUUUCCCUUUCCCCAGCCCAGCUCCACUGGCCACCUGGAGGGAGGGGUGUGUUUCUGCCAGUAUGUCUCCCAGCAGCUGAGCAUAGAUCAAUGGGCAUAACAGUGUCCACAUGUUUGUCUUUACUAUUUGAUAAAAGAAAUCCCCCAGUCAACAUGUAAUGUCAGGACUAAAACGAGCCACUGAGAGCUGUUAAAGGCACAGUAACCUCCUUCAUGUUAGAAGCCCCUCAGACAUCAGAACGGAGGCUGUCACUUUAACCAACCAGAGAGAGGAGAACAGUGAGGAUGUUUUUUUCCAGUUUCUGAUUCCUGAGUUUACUUUCAGUUCUUGCUGAUCCACACGGAGCGAUCACUCUUUAUUACAUUUGCUUGAACUGACUAUAUCAUGAACAGGUAUGGAUGUACGAUGCUGUGUACUGUAUGUUGUCCUCUUAGUGGGAUUAUAGUUUUCACUCUUAAAAAGUGCAGUAGGAUUCUGUUGUUGUUGUGUUUUA